UUUUCCCAAAGCAUUAUGUUCAUUUAGAUGUAAAAGUGAAAAUAUCAGGCUACAUCAGAUUGUGACAGUCCUAUUUGACACUGUCAAUGUUAUCUGGAAAGUUAUCUUGUAAGUCAAUAUUUGAAAUUUGUACUGUAGCUCACUCAGUCUGUUGAAGGAUUUAUUGUCGCUGGGAAUAAUCGUGUAAUCGUUUAAGUUGUUAAGUAUGUUCACGUUGAGUUAAAGACUAUAAAUGGUGACAGUUUCUUCAGUUUAUUAGAGUGAAUCAUACACACGUUAAUGUCACUGCCUUAUUUGGUUGUGGGAUUUUGUUAUGUGUAGUGAAGGGAAACUUGACUUAAUAUCUGCAUCUGUCACAUGGUUGUUGGGACAGUGUGAAUUAAGGAAACUGUCGGCUGCAUGCCGUUGUAAAGGUGCAUAGCAAAAGCUUUUGUGAUAUUUUACAGGUAACUGAAGGAGGUUUGUGCAGUCUCGUAAGAAGACUGACAGAACUGAGAAGACAGACAGGAAAGUAUUAGCUUGGUGUACAGACGGAUUUUAAAUAUUAUUUUUAGACAGUGAGUUAAAGGCUAUUUGGAUUAAAAAGAAAAGGUUGACCAUUGAAAAAAAAAGAAAUUGUUCGGAUUAACAUUCGUGUAGUGGGGACUUAUCUGUUACACACAAAGGUGUUACAGUUGACAGACUAUAAAAAAAAACAGAGGAAAAUAGUUGCAAGACAGAAUAUAUAAAUAAUUAGUAAAGGCCCGUCAACAACCUGAUGUCAGAAUGUACUUGUCUGCAAUCAUAUGUUGUGUGGUGAUUACUACCUGUAUAGAAGCCAGGGGUACUCCUCCCAAGAUCUCCAUACCACAGGGCAAUAACUGGCCUAAACCCCUCGAGUACAUCCGUAAGGGCAACAACCGCACGUUCUCUUGUGUUGCGACUGGGUCUGCACCACUCAAGUAUGAAUGGAGAUUCAAUGGAGAAAAGUUAAAUGCUCGCGAGAAGGAAGCUAGAUUUGACCCCAACACUGGAUCUCUGUUUAUUGGAGAGUAUUUUAACGAGCAACUGACCGGAGACUAUCAGUGCGUCGUAUCCAAUGAAUACGGCACGUCUAUGACACCAUACUUACGUAUUGCAGCAACAGUGGCCAAUGCGUUCCCUGGUGGGGAUGGAUUGUUCCCAGACAAUGUGGAGGCGUACAGGAGCAAUUACUUGAAGAUGGACUGUAUCAAUGUCCCCAAGAGUGUCCCGGCAUGGACAUUCAACUGGCAGAGAGGCAAAAUGGUUGCUAACACUUUGUCAGACACCAACCCAGUGAGCGUUGGAGAACGUAUGAUUAUUGACCCAAAUGGCUCUCUUCACUUCCUGUGGGUGGAGAUGUCAGACAAUGGCUAUAUCUACGCCUGUGAGACAAAGAACGAGAUCAUCUUGAUGGACGUGAGGAACACACACACCAUGAAACUCAAUGUGCAGUCAGGAACUGAACGAGACCGGACCCCAGAGCUCAAGUACAGCAGUGAUGUGACAGUGAUGGCGGGGGACACUGCAGAACUGACCUGUAUCUUCACAUACUACUCUUCUAGAGGUGAAAAGCUGGACAUUACGUGGACUUUUAAUAACAAAGAAGUGGGUCAUGGUUCAAUGCUAAGGUUGCCCAAUAUCAAGGUUCCUGAUCAGAACCAGAACAGUGAGGGAGAAUAUGUGUGUGAGGCAAAACUGGGUCUACUACAGCCAGUGAGGGGAAAAGUGAACUUGAAAAUUACAGCGCCCCCAGAUUUCAUCAGAAACAAAGCCCCUGCCCUGACGUCAGUCCCCGUGGGUCAGGACGCAGUGUUCCACUGCGGGGCCACCUCACACAAGUCCUACAUGAAGCCCCCAGUGUGGAUGGUCAACAGCAAGCCACUGAUAGGAUGCUUUCCCAACCACUUUGACUGCGGAGCUAGUGGGGACGGCUUUUCCUACUGUAUCCCGGACAAGCAGGUGUGUGAUUCCAAUCCGGACUGCCCUAACCAACGGGACGAACAGAAUUGUGGGGUAACAAUCACAUGUGGUGAGGGUACUAAACCUUGCAAGGGUCAUUGUAUCUCUGUGGCCAGUGAGUGUCCAAUGGUCAUGCCAACAUGUACAUUCCCUGGAUUCGGGUGCGACAACAACAAGUCAUGUCUGCAGGGUAACCAAGUCUGCAACGGCAAAAACAACUGUGGGGAUGGCUCGGAUGAGUUGGGAUGUGCUGGCGGAGCAGUGAUAGAGCGCGGGCAAUUCCGGUUGAACAGUGAGCGUACAGAGUUGACCCUUCCCAAGGUGAAGAUGGAGAAUAUCACGUGUUUCCAGUGCCUGGUACAGAAUGAGUAUGGCGUGCUCUUUGGCGACGGAUGCCUAACUCCUAUUGAUAAAAUUAAGCUGACAAUACCUCCCAAUGACACGUACUACACGCAGCCUGACAGUGUGAUCAAUGUAGGAGUGGACGCCACAACAGACGUUGAUUGGAUGAACCAGAUGGCCUUCAAAUGGUACUGGUACCGGCCCAAGGUCGUAGAGAGUGGGCCCAACGAGGGACAGGAGAUCAUUGUACGAGAGCAGCUUCCGCCAACAGACAUGUACAGGGACUAUUUCUCUGUAUCUCUAUCUGGCAAGAAUCUGACCAUCACGAUACCGAAAGUAGAUCGCGAGGCAUCUGACAAGACCCAGUAUGACCUGUACAACGUACUGACUACAGACAGACUAUUCCAGGUUGUUGUGGCACAUAAAUAUGACUCUGUGGAGCGCAAUUUCACCGUCACUGGAGAGAAAGUAGAGCCACCAAUUGUGAAGCCAGUGGUAACAACGGCCAGCUUCAACCUGUGGUUUAUAGCUCUCAUCUUGGCUAUUCUUAUCCUGUUUAUAGUAAUAGCUCUCAUAGUGUGUUACAUGUACAGGAACAGAGGUGGCACCUAUCUAUUGGACAAGAAAGAAAAGCAAGCUGGUAACAACCCAGUUGAAGAACUAAAGAAUGAUGGCUUCAAUGAUGUGGGAAGAAUAGGUGAUGACGAUUACAAUGAUGCACCUGACACGGAGAAGCUCUCUCUGUCUGAAAGUGUGAAACCGUACGAUUCUGAUGAAGAUAUUACCGAAGAGUAUGGUGGAGAUUUUGACGUCAGUAAAUUUAACGAGGACGGUUCAUUUAUAGGACUCUAUGGUGAUAGAAAGAGCAAGUAUGGAAAUGAAUCAAAGGAGGCAACGGUGUAGUGGAUUUAGUUCAAAUAAAUGUUAUUUAAUUCUCAUUUUGCUGGUAUUUUAUGCAAGCGUAUGGACCAAUAAAGUGCAUUAUAGCAUGACAAGCUGUCUUGUUUAUUGUACGUUUUACUUGAAUCUUUGGAUUGUGCCAUGCCGUCACAAUUUCAAGUUUUUUAUUCUAGAGUGUGAAUGAAUGACUAUUUUCACUUUUUGUACAGUUUUAAGAUCAUUUAGCUUUUUUAUGCAGAUGUGACCCUUAAACAUAGAACUGUAGUGUAAAUUAACAUACAAUCAAUUAUUUAAAUUCUAUGUAAAAAUAAAUUAUUUACUUGUCAUAUAUAUGAUAUAAAAUAUCACAACAUAGUAUGGGUUGAUUAUGAAAGUGUAAGCUUUUAAUGUACUCUAAUCUGUGUAUUGUCACAAUGAGAUAAUGUCGAGUCCUUUAUGUCUAAAUAAACUUCCUCUUGUACAUUUCUUAAAGUUUUAUAAGGAAAGCUCAUUUCAGAGAUGCGCAGCAAACAUGCAUUUAUCGCUGAUUAUAUAUUAAUUUUACUAAUACUUACAGUAAUAGUGUUGCUUCAAUUACAACUGAUUCAUUAUUCUAUUUACCAUUUUAUAUUAUUUAUAAAUUAAACCAGCAUAUACAAUAGAUCGUAUCAUCGUUUUCAUUGGUUCACAUUGGCAUAAUCUUAUGUACUGUGCAAUGACCAGGUUACAAUGGUCUUCUAGGAAUUUCAUAAAAAAUGAUAUUCACUUAUGUUUAUUUGUACUCUUUACACAUGUUUACAUGUAACUUAUUGGCUUUUUUAGCUCAUUAUUUUAAUAUUGUGAACUAAGAGUAAGAUCUAUAGUUUGCUGUUUUAUAAGUCUUUAUAGGGAACACAAAACGUAAAAUUUAUGUAAACUAUAAAUGAAGAUUACUGAAUUGUUAUAAAUAAUCCAGUAAUAUAUUGUUUAUUAUGCAUUUUUGUUUUAUCAAUGGUUUGCCUAUACAAGUACUUUUGGUUGUUUAAUUUGCUUCGGGAGUUGUGAGCUGACGUAUAUAUGAACAUGUCUCUGGGAAAAACCAGGCUUUCUUUGAAUGCUCAAAGUACUAUCCCAGAUUAGACUGUGCAGUUUGCACAGGCUAACUGCACAGGCUUAUCAGAGAUGACACUUGCCACUUUUAUUGAGUUUUUCUUUUAAAGUAAGUGUUUUCUAAACAAAGACCCAGGCUUGGUGGAAAGUUCCAUUCCUGAUUAGCCUGUGCUGACUGCACAGGACGAUCUGAUAAAUACUUUACUCAUAUGCAUUUAGCCCAAUUUUCCUAGAGACUAACUCAUAUGUGUGAUAUGUAACCUGUUGACUUCUUGACUUAUGUGAGGGGAGGUCCAUUGUACAUACCUGUAUGUAUCAAUACCUGCGUAUAUUUGGAAGAUUGGACAUUGUAUAUACAUAUACCCAUACUACAUAAAUCUGUAAAGUGAUAUGUCAACUGUGGCAUUAUUUUUUUUUAAUAGGCAAUAAUUAUUUCAUUCCUUAUCAUGCUAUAAUAUUGGUUGAUUUUUUUGGUAUUUUUGCAAUUUGGUAGUGAUUUUUUCCAUUAAAACUAACAUUAUUCCUUUCGUUUUUUAAUGUCACUUUUCUUUUAAUUCAUUCACCUUAUAAUCUUUUCGCAAAUGUCACCAUAAUUAUCAUCACCAUUAAAUCCUGGCCUGUUUCGUAAGUGUUUUUCACCAAGAUAAUCAUUACCAUUGACCUACUUGUCAUCAUUGUAUUCAUACUAAUCACUUUUAAAGUGCUCAUGUAAGCUUUAACAUUUACUGUUAGAUAAACAUAUUGUACUUUCUUUGCUUUUAUCGUCAUGUUUAGUUGUUUGUAAAACAUAUCAUGUUUCCCAAGGUUUUAUUUGUUCAGCUGAAUGCUAUGUAUAUUGCUGUAUUUUUUUCAUAAAUAUGAAUAUGGGCUGUGCUCUGUGAAAAGGUCAUUAAAUGCAUGUGCACACUCCCAGAUUAGCCUGUGCAGUCCACACAGGCUAAUCAGGGACAAUUCUACUUUUAUGAUAUUUUUGGUUUAAAUCCAGUAUAGGCAGAAAGUGUUGUACCUGAGAAGCCUGUGCACACUGCACAGGCUCAUCUGGGAUGACACUAUAUGCACAUGCUUUCAACAGCCUUUUCAUCGAGCUGGGCUCAUAUCCAGAAAUUAAGCAAGAUUAAUCCCCAUAUACAUUGCCAUGGAUUUUUCUUCCAUCUACUCUUAUUAGUUUACAUGUUUCACUUGUAGAUACAGAACCAUUUAUAUAUCCUUCAAUUCAAAUAAAAGAAUAACUUAAAUUAAAAUUUGAAAACUAUUUAUUUAUUCAUGCGGUUGUAUGCCUUUUGGCUGUUGUGAUUUCUUUUUUAAAGAACCAUAUUUUACAAGUUCAAAUUAUUGAGAGAGUCUAGCAUUUGUCUGAAGUUAAUUUGGCCAUCUAUAAUUAUUUAGUGCAAAAGUUGUGAUAAGAAUGAUCCAUUUUAGCCAAUGUGUUUGAUAAAGGAUUAAAUCAUGAAAAACAACUGUGGUUGCCUGCCAUAUAUGGUAUGGAAAAUGAUUGUUUGCUAAAAGUGUGAGCUUACAUACAUUCCUGUAGAACAGGCUAGUUUUGUUACUUAAAUUUUAAAAGGAAGUCGUUAUUUAAACCAAGUAUCAAGUGGAAUUGAAAAGUGAACAGUAAGAUUCCAUGUUAUGUUAAUGAAUCUAAAAAACUGAAAAGGUACAGUUUUAAUAAAUCAAUUAUUAAUAUACAUAUUAAAAAGAUAAAACUUUGUCAUCAUUACAUUUGCUUCAUUUUUUCUUUUUUACCAUUUUUAUGCUAUAUUGUUUAGGCAUGCUGUGUGUGUGUUAAUUUAGUUAGACAUGCUUUACUGUUGCUUACAACAUUUUUGUAACAAUAACUUCUCAUUAUAUCGCAAUGUUUUAGAUUAAGUUUUAAUUUAGCAUUUUAGUUUCUUGAUAAUAUAAUUGUACAAAAUUUAUGAAUUAUUAUAGUUUAGGUGAUUAUUUUAUACAUAUUUUCUUAUACACUUUAGCAUUGUUCACAUGGUUGUUGGAAAUGUAGUUUUAAGUGCUUAAUAGUAGAUUGCAAAUGUAUAUAAUAACAUAACAUGUUUACUUAUAUAUGCAUUUCUAAUUAAAUCUAGUAUAAUUAUGUAGCAUUAGUGGAUUUUGUCUGUUGUGAAACAAAUUUCAUAAAUUUUAUUUCAUGUUACAAUGUUAAAACAUUUUGAAUGUGAAUUUACAUAUUAACAAGCUUUAUGUUGAUAUUUUCAGUGUGAAUCGUAAGGUAUAACAUACCCACAUUUUCUAAAUGAAUGUAUGGGGAAACAUAUGAUUAUACAAACAAAAAUAAUCUAUAAAAUAUGUAAAUAAAUAUUCCUUUUUCACUUGUAGACAACUUAGUUACCCAUCAGCAGCAUUCCUACAUUAACAGAGAUGUUGCAAAACUUCACAUACAUGCUCAUAUGAGUGGCGCUUUGAGAAUAUCAUGCUUAGUGCAUGUGCAUAAAGUGUUGUCCCAGAUAAGCUUGUGCAGUCUGCGUAGGCUAAUCAGCGGAAACACUGUCCAACUAGACUGGAUUUUUGUUUACAAGGAACUUUAUUGAAAGGAAGAAUUCUAUGAUGGUUGAAAAUGUCUUUCCUUAGGUGUUCCAGCGGACUGCACAGGCUAAUCUGGAACAACAUUAUAAGCACUUGACUGCACAGGCUUAUCUUGAACAACAUUGUAAGCACAUGAAUUAAGCCUGGUUCUCCCAGAGUGCGGCUUCUUUAUAAUGCACAUACAUAAAUACAUAGCCUGCUCUCUCAUAGUGAUAUUACUGACAAGUGUGCCCCAUUUUAAGUGUCAUGUUAAAGAAUGUGUUUGUAAAUAGUGUGUGUAAUUAUGUAAAUACAGAAUAUGGUAUCACAAAAUCAUUCUCUCCACAUUGGUUUGCAGGUUGUCAGAGUCCAGGUUAAUGUUAUGCCCUCAGUGUAUGUUAAAAUUUUAUUGUUUUGUAAAAUUGUACACUCGCGAAAGGUGAUUUAACCUGGUUUGAUAUUUUUGACCAGCGUAUUUUCAAAUUUUCAGUAAUCUUGUGUAGGCAAUGCAAAGUUCUCUUUAAAACUUUUGAUACAUUCACGUAUAUUGAAAGAUUUAUCGAUAGUUUUCAAAAUGUUUAAAACAAACGUCUAAAUUGACCUGAAUACAGUUGAUAAUUUAUUUGUAAGAAUUUCUUAAUUAAAAAAGAACUUAGAUGCGUUUCUCACAUUUAAUGUGUGUACAAUUACAAUAUUGUGUCUUUGUCUUUUCCAUGAAUCAAUGUUUAUGCAUGUUGAAUUUACAGCAUGUUACGGUAUAAUACUAAACACUUUCAAAUAAUUGUCGACGUGUCAAGUUCCAUGAUACUGUAUAUAGAAGGUACAGAAGAUGUUUUUGCCAUGGAAACUCUGUAUCUUCACAAUAUAUGACCAAUGCAAUUCAUACAGUAUAUGUUAAGCGUUAAAAUGGUAACAUGUAUCAUAGAAGGAUUUUUCCUUCGAUAAGAACAAAUAAAUUGCUUUCACAAGUAAA